UCCCCAAUGCUUCUCCGCAAAGGCAUUGCUUCUCCGCAAAAGCCAAGGCAAACGUGCCCCAGAUUAUUGCAAGUCUAUAUAUGACGGGCUACAGACGUCGAGUUGAAGGGAUAUCCUCUAAGCACACAUCUUUUCUUACCGAAGCCUGAGUCGAAAGCGAUCAACACAUCAUGUCUACAGACACGGAGAAGGCCAAUAUUCAGGUGAUCGACGACAAGGCAGAAUCUGUUGGCCCAACUAAGCCGCAACAAAUCAUCCAAAUCGAUAAUUGUCAAGUACUCGGCCUCGACCCAGAGGAUGCAGAAUUCUACUUGAACUAUCCGGCAGAGAAGAAGAAGAAGAUCAUUCAUAAGGUGGACAUACGCCUUAUUCCAGUGCUGACGAUUCUUUAUCUUGUCUCUCAUAUCGACCGUGCCAACAUAGGCAAUGCAAAGAUUGAGGGCCUCGUUGAGGAUCUCAAUCUUACAGGUGUACAAUGGAAUAUUGCACUAUCGAUUUUCUUCGUGCCUUAUGUGCUCCUUGAAGUGCCAUCCAACAUGAUCCUCAAGAAGUUCGACCGGCCUUCAGUCUAUCUUGGUACCUUGAUUGUCCUUUGGGGCGUCGUCAUGACCCUGACCGGGGUCGUGAAGAAUUUCGCUGGACUUAUGAUUACCCGUCUAUUUCUUGGUGCUUUUGAGGCCGGCUUCUACCCCGGAGCUGUAUAUCUUUGCUCUUGCUGGUACAUGCCCAAAGACCUAGCGACCCGCAUCUCCUACUUUUAUUGUGCCAGUGCGCUUUCUGGGGCCUUUUCCGGUCUUCUUGCAGCCGCCAUUGCGAAGAUGGAUGGUACGGCUGGCUACGAGGGCUGGCGAUGGAUCUUUCUCCUGGAGGGCAUUGCCACUGUUGUUCUGGGAGUUUUGUGCUUCUUCUUCCUAGUUGACUCGCCCCGACUGUCUUCACGAUGGCUCGAACCCGAUGAGAUUAGGUAUCUUGAGAUCGAAAAAUUCAUCAAGGAUGGCGGAGCUUACCAAGAGGAGGCUGAGGAUAGCGGCCGUAGUGGCCAAUGGCACGAUCUCAAGAUGGUUAUGUCAAACUGGCGAUUGUACAUGCAAGCAUACCUCCUUCUGGUUUGCUCGACUUGUUCAUAUGGCACAAAGUUCACUCUACCAACUAUCGUCAAGAGUAUGGGCUUCAGCAACACUAACGCCCAACUUAUGACCGUCCCACCAUACGUCGCCGGUGCGCUCUCCUCAAUCUUCUUCGCGAAACUCUCUGAUCAUUACUUCUGGCGUCUUCCCUUCGUUGCGAUCCCAUUCACCUUGAUCACCAUUGGAUACGCAGUCAUCAUAUCCUUCGACGGAGCACUCGGCGCCCACAUUGGUCCAUCCUUCUUCGCUAUUAUCCUCACCUGUAUGGGCAUUUAUCCCAUUCAGCCAGCUGCAUCCUCUUGGGCCGCCAACAACCUGGCGCCUGCGAAUCGCAGAGCCAUUGGUGUUGCCUUCAACAUCUGUAUUGGCAGUAUGGGAGGCGUUGUCGGCUCCUACAUGUACAUCGAGUCCGAGAAGCCCAAAUAUUACACUGGAUUUGGCUUGUCAUUGGCAUUUGGAGCUACCGCAUUUAUCAUGACAUUCCUCAUAGAAUUGUCCUAUAAGUGGGGCAACAAGAGGAAGGCAAGACUCUCCGAGGAUGAGGUCAGGGCGAAAUACAGCGAUGCGCAACUGCGAGACCUGGGCGAUAAGUCCCCGCUAUUCAAGUAUGUCCUAUAG